ACCCGUUAAACUUCCUCUCUCAGCCACACAGGAAGCUGAGCCGGCUUGGGGCCCAGCAUACACAGGCCCCCAGGACCCCUGGGGAGAGGGCCCCGCUGGGCUGGCCCUGCAGGGACCAUGGAAUCCAGAGCUGAAGGGGGCUCCCCUGCCGUGUUUGAUUGGUUCUUCGAAGCGGCCUGCCCUGCCUCCCUGCAGGAGGAUCCCCCCAUCCUGCGGCAGUUCCCUCCAGACUUCAGGGACCAGGAAGCUAUGCAGAUGGUGCCUAAAUUCUGCUUCCCUUUUGAUGUGGAAAGGGAGCCCCCCAGCCCCGCUGUGCAGCAUUUCACCUUCGCCCUCACAGACCUUGCCGGCAACCGCAGAUUUGGUUUCUGCCGCCUGCGGGCGGGUACCCAGAGCUGUCUCUGCAUCCUCAGCCACCUGCCUUGGUUCGAGGUGUUUUACAAGCUACUGAACACAGUGGGAGACCUCCUAGCCCAGGACCAAGUCACCGAGGCAGAGGAACUUCUUCAAAAUCUGUUUCAGCAGUCCCUGUCUGGGCCCCAGGCCUCAGUGGGGCUUGAGCUGGGCAGCGGAGUGACGGUCUCCAGCGGGCAGGGUAUCCCACCCCCUACCCGGGGGAAUAGCAAGCCGCUUUCCUGCUUCGUGGCCCCGGACUCCGGCCGCCUGCCAUCCAUCCCUGAGAACAGGAACCUAACGGAGCUGGUGGUGGCCGUGACUGACGAGAACAUCGUGGGGCUGUUCGCGGCGCUCCUGGCCGAGAGAAGAGUCCUGCUCACCGCCAGCAAACUCAGCACCCUGACCUCGUGCGUCCACGCGUCCUGCGCGCUCCUGUACCCCAUGCGCUGGGAGCAUGUGCUGAUCCCCACGCUGCCCCCACACCUGCUGGACUACUGCUGCGCGCCCAUGCCCUACCUCAUUGGAGUGCACGCCAGUCUCGCCGAGAGAGUACGAGAAAAAGCCCUGGAGGACGUCGUGGUGCUGAACGUGGACGCCAAUACCUUGGAGACAACCUUCAACGACGUGCAGGCGCUGCCUCCAGACGUGGUGUCCCUGCUGAGGCUCCGGCUCAGGAAGGUCGCCCUGGCCCCCGGGGAAGGGGUGUCCCGUCUCUUCCUCAAAGCCCAGGCCCUGCUCUUCGGGGGGUACCGCGACGCACUCGUCUGCAGCCCGGGCCAGCCAGUGACCUUCAGUGAGGAAGCCUUCUUGGCCCAGAAGCCUGGGGCACCUCUGCAGGCCUUCCACCGGCGGGCUGUGCACCUGCAGCUGUUCAAACAGUUCAUCGAAGCCCGGCUGGAGAAGCUCAACAAGGGGGAUGGCUUCUCAGAUCAAUUCGAGCAGGAGAUCACUGGCUGCGGGGCCUCCUCAGGGGCUCUUCGAUCCUAUCAGCUCUGGGCCGACAAUCUGAAGAAAGGUGGUGGUGCCCUCCUGCACUCAGUCAAGGCCAAGACCCAACCAGCCGUCAAGAACAUGUACCGCUCGGCUAAGAGUGGCUUGAAGGGGGUGCAGAGCCUUCUAAUGUAUAAGGAUGGGGACUCUGUCCUGCAGAGGGGGGGCUCUCUGAGGGCCCCAGCCCUCACCAGCCGCUCAGAGCGCCUGCAGCAACGCCUCCCAAUCACUCAGCACUUUGGAAAGAACCGGCCCCUUCGCCCCAGCAGGAGACGCCAGCUGGAAGAGGGACCUUCCGAGCCCCCAGGGGCGGGGACACCCCCACUGAGCCCUGAGGAUGAGGGGUGCCCGUGGGCAGAAGAAGCUCUGGACAGCAGCUUCUUGGGGUCUGGAGAAGAACUGGAUUUGUUGAGCGAGAUUCUGGACAGUCUUAGUGUGGGAGCCAAGAGCGCAGGCAGCCUGAGACCGAGCCAGAGUUUAGACUGCUGUCACAGAGGAGACCUGGACAGCAGCUUCAGCCUGCCCAACAUACCAAGAUGGCAACCAGACGAUAAGAAACUACCAGAGCCGGAGCCCCAGCCCCUGUCCCUGCCAUCCCUGCAAAAUGCCUCGUCUUUGGAUGCCACCAGCUCUUCAAAGGACUCCAGGUCCCAGCUGAUACCCUCAGAGUCCGACCAAGAAGUCACGUCUCCAUCCCAGUCCUCAACAGCUUCUGCAGACCCAAGCAUCUGGGGGGACCCCGAACCCUCUCCUCUCACAGAGCCCCUAAUUCUUCAUCUCACCCCUUCCUACAAGGCAGCUGAAGAUUCUACAGCCCAGGAAAACCCCACUCCCUGGCUCUCCACUGCACCCACUGAGCCCAGCCCUCCAGAAAGCCCCCAAAUUCUGGCCCCCACAAAGCCCAACUUUGAUAUAGCCUGGACGUCCCAGCCCCUUGAUCCUUCCUCAGACCCCAGUUCUCUGGAGGACCCCAGAGCCCAGCCUCCCAAAGCCCUGCUGGCAGAGCACGCUCACCUCCAGCCACAGGAGGAACCAGGAGCCCUGAAUUCCCCUGCUACACCCACCAGCAACUGGCAAAAGCCCCAGCCCAGCAGCCGGCCCAGAGUCACUGAUCUUAAGAAGUACUUUGAGGGUUAAGAAUCAGGGGUCCAGGAG